GAUUCAGAACCAUCUAUAUCUAUCUAUUUGUAUAAAGGGGACAACGACGAUUCCGACGCCAGACGCCGCAAAAUCGGAGAGAUUCCCAAAUGCAGGCUCAAAUCUUGAGCUCUCCUCUCUCUUAUCGCUACCUACUCAAUCAUUCCGCAUCAAAAACCCUAGCCUUUUCAAGGAAACACUUGAAUUCUAAUUCCGCACCCAAACGGAAUGGAUUUUCACCGGUUGGAGUAUUCAGGAGGAAUUUGGAUGGUUGGAAACGGAAGAGGGGAGGUACUGUAUAUUCCUCUGCCGAGGAACGGAACACGACCACCAAUACGCUGAGGAAAAGAAAGGUAAUUGAACAUAUCUGUCUGCUCCAAGGGAAGGAGGAUUUGUCCGAAGAGCAAGAGCAAAAUAUGCUAGAUUACCUUUAUACAACCCAAUAUCAAAUGCGAGGCAUUAUUGCAAUAUCAUUAGGGCGUGUUUCUGGUUGGAAUUCUGAAAACUGUACUCAUGCUGUGUACGUGCGCUUCCAAAGAAAGGAGGAUCUAGCAAUGUUCUAUGAGAACCAUUUCUACACGGGAGUUAUUAAGGACCAUGUGAUGCCUUAUUGCCAUGGGAUUAAAAGUGUUGAUUUUGAGUCUGAAGUUGAGGAUGAUAUUCUGCCAAUAUUUCGGAAAGGCGAGGAGUUCAACUUUGGUUUGGAGCUUCUGCUCCUGAUAGAAUUUGUUGAAAGUUCAUUGGAUGGAGCUGCAGAGGAUGCUCUGAUUGCUCUGGAUAAGCUCACUAUGGAGUUCCCUUCCCUGAUUGUUCAGACCACUAAAGGUUCAAAUUUCAAUAGACAUAGUGAGGAAUAUACUCAUGGGGUAGUAAUACGGUUUCGAUCAUCCGAGGCCUUUGAGAUAUUCAUGAACAGCUCAGAAUAUAACAAUAUGUGGAGAUCAAAAUUUCAACCAAUCAUCCGAAAGGCUAUACCCAUCAGUUUUUCUGUUGAUCCAGUUGGCACAGAGCUUAUGUAGCAAGUUUGGAAGGCAGCUGACAGCAAGAGUAUUAAUGUUGGAGGAGGGUGAAGAAAUGGGAAUCAUUUUGGUACAAACAUGCGUGCUUAGAGAGUUGAUUUCUUGUUUUGAUAUGAGGUGGAUGAUAUACACAUUGUUGAUCCGACAAGGUUUGUGGCAUGACUUUGAACCAACAAAUAAAUAAAUGCCGCCAGAAGACCCUGGCCAUUUAUCUACUUAAAAAAUUCCUGGAAUUUUAGAAAUUUGCUUUCAAAAUUCAUUAGCUGCCAUUAUCAUUACAAGAAGAGGCCAGCAGGCCAUUCAGGCAUUCACACAUACAAGUAAACAGUCAAAGCACAUGGAAGCUAUAGAAAGACAAUUUUACUCAUUUCAUACACUCAGUAGGUAUUAUAAAUACCCCCGCCCCAUUACAAAGAACAACCUACCUAGCUAGCAAAAGUUAAAGCUUGUGAUCCAAAAAAGCAUGGCUGCUCCAAGGAAUACCUUUACUCUAAAGGUUGACACCAACAGCUUAUUUGGUGCAAUCAACAUUCAGAAGGCGGUGGAGAAAAUGGAGGGGGUGGAAAAAGUUGAAACAAAUCCACAGCAGAGAAGGGUGGUGAUUACUGGAACUGUACGCCCUGACAAAGUUAUAGCGACGCUUAACAACAAUCUUGGGAUAAAAGCAGAGCUUUCGCCCCCCACAUCCAUAAGACCUCCACCGUCGGCGAGUACGUUUACUCUAAAAGUUGACACCAACAGCCUAUUUGCUGCAAUCAACAUUCAGAAGGUGGUCGAGAAAAUGGAGGGGGUGGAAAAAGUUGAAACGAAUCCACAGCAGAGAAGGGUGGUGAUUACUGGAACUGUACGCCCUGACGAAGUUAUAGCCACGCUUCACAACAAUCUUGGGAUAAAAGCAGAGCUUUCGCCACCCACAUCCAUAAGACCUCCACCGUCGGCAACUGUUCCCAGUAAUGGUUCCCAGAUUGUUGUUGGGCAAUCGUCAAACGCCGUUAAUCCCCUGCUGGGUGAUCUGAACAAGGUGGCGCAAGACGUUGGACAACUGCGCAGGAUGGUUCCAGGGCUGGCAGGUGUGAAGAUUAGUAAUCAGAUUGUGAGUGAAAGCAUAGAGUUCAAAUUCAAUUCGAACUAGCUAGCUAGCUAGCUAGAAUGAAUGAUCCAUGAAUCCAUCCAUCUACUUGCUUGGGAGUCUGCUUCGUUGCAAUGAGUGCUUUUUCCACCCUCUUUCGUUUUUUUGUAAUGCGAUGAUUUUUUUUUUUUUUUUAAAAUAUGUAACUUCAGUUUGCAAGCAGCAUAUACUGCUAUGCUAUACUAGAUGUGUCAUGCAUUUUCUAUUUGGAGAUUGGAGAUGACGACUGAUUCGUCACCUUCUCUGUCCCUUGGAGAUGGAAGUAUUUGGAUUUUUAUGUACUAAAUUGAUAUGUUUAUGUCUAAUUGCAAAAAUGUUCGGGUGCCUAA